GUCAUCACUAAACGAAAAGACGAGCAUAAAAUAAAAAUUAUAGGCGGCUCCAAAAUGUGGAAAAUUUUACUGAUUGCCAUAUUGGCUAUUAGCAAUUGCCAAGCUGUGCUCGACAACGAUGCCAAUACGUUAGUUCUUUUAGACAAUUUGGCCAUACGUGAAACACAUUCAAUUUUCUUUAAGGGGUUGCAAGAUCGUGGUUUCAAGUUGACUUAUAAAUUGGCCGAUGAUUCUAGUCUGCUAUUAUCCCGUUAUGGCGAAUAUUUAUACAAACAUGUGAUAAUCUUUGCGCCCAGCGUUGAGGAAUUUGGCGGCGACAUCAGCGUGGAGCGUCUAGCGCAAUUUGUGGACGAUGGUGGCAAUGUUUUGGUGGCCGGCAGCGAAAAGUCUGGCGACGCACUACGUGAAUUUGCAUCCGAGUGCGGUUUUGAAUUAGAUGAGGAAAACGCAGCUGUUAUAGAUCACUUGAACUAUGAUGCAAGCGAUGCUGGUGACCACACCACGAUAUUGACUGCAGCGAAGAAUCUGAUCGAUGCUGCCAGUGUGGUCGGCAAGGAUAAUCGUAAAGCGGAAGCGGCGCCUUUGCUGUAUCGCGGCACUGGACUCAUUGCAGACAAGGAGAAUCCAUUGGUACUUAAGCUGUUGACCGCAGAGAGCAGUGCCUAUAGCUACAAUCCGGACUCGAACAUAUCGGACUAUCCACAUGCUGUGGGCCGCGGCACAUUGCUGAUCGCCGCCUUACAGGCACGUAACAAUGCACGCGUUGUCUUCUCUGGCUCGCUGUAUUUCUUUUCUGAUGAGAGCUUCACUACGGCCGUGCAGUAUGCCCAGAGCGGUGUCUUCCACAAAAUGUCCGGUAAUCGUGCCGUCGCCGAGUCAAUUAGCCAGUGGGUGUUUGGUGAGAGCGGUCGUCUACGUGUCGCCUCCGUGCAUCACAACAAGGAGGGCGAACGUAAUCCACCAGAGCAGGCUUAUACCAUCACCGAUCCUGUUGUCUAUACCAUUGCCAUCGAGGAGCUGGUGGCAGGCAAGUGGCAAGCAUUUAAGGCAAAUGAUAUACAGCUGGAGUUUGUGCGUAUUGAUCCUUUCGUGCGCACGACCCUCAAGCAGACCAAGGGCGGCAGCUACCAGGCCAAGUUCAAGAUACCCGAUGUCUACGGCGUCUAUCAGUUUAAGGUGGACUACGAUCGUGUAGGUUAUACGCAUCUAUAUAACACCACACAGGUCUCGGUACGUCCACUGGAGCAUACACAGUAUGAGCGCUUCAUACCCAGCGCUUUCCCCUACUACACCAGCGCCUUCUCCAUGAUGAUUGGCGUAUUUGUGUUCGCCUUCGUGUUUCUGCACUUUAAGGAUGAGCCCAUGGGCAAGUCUGUCAAAGAUGACAAGAAACAUCAGUAAUUUAGCAAUGUAGUAACCGAGAUAUUCAAAUUUGUACUUUGUUGUGAAGAAAUAAAAAGUAAUUUCACUUUGCCUA